GCACGGUGCGUCAGCCUGGUGGAUGAGCAGCAAGCGUCUGCUCAUUGUUGGUUUGCUUGCACAGAGUCUAUACAGAACAGAUUUUGCAGGACGUGGCGAGCUGAGUGCACGCCAGACGCACCUUGCUCGCUUCCUUCGCUCUUUGCUCCGCCUUGCUGAUGAAGUAUGUGCCCUUGCUUUCACGCUGGAACAAGACUGAG